CACUGAGUUUUUAUCAUAUGAUCAGGAUCCAGUUGCCAUGGUUCUUUGUAUAAUCUCUGUUACCUCAUCUGUCAUAACCUCCAUUAUUUUAGGUAUAUUUAUUUUAUACCUAGACACUCCCAUUGUUAAAGCCAAUAACCGUAAUCUGAGUUUUGUCCUCUUGGUCUCCAUCAUCCUGAGCUUUCUCUGCGUGUUUCUGUUCCUCGGUCGUCCUGUGGAUAUAACCUGCAAGCUGCGACAAACUGCUUUUGGAAUCAUCUUCUCCAUAGCCUUGUCUUUUUUGUUGGCCAAAACUAUCAUGGUCUACAUCGCGUUCAAGGCCACCAAACCUGGGAGUUACUGGAGAAAAUGGAUUGGAAUAAAAAUACCCAACUGUGUGGUGUUUUUCUGCUCAUUUAUUCAGGUUAUAAUCUGCAUCUGCUGGUUGUCUAUUUCUCCUCCGUACCAGGAAACGAACACUCACUCCUACCCUGGAAAGAUCAUUAUUCAGUGUAAUGAGGGGUCAGUGGUUGCUUUUUACACUGUUCUGGGGUACAUGGGCUUCCUGGCCGCUGUGAGUUUUAUUGUUGCUUUCCUGGCCAGGAAAUUGCCGAACAGUUUUAAUGAAGCCAAGUUCAUCACCUUCAGCAUGCUGAUCUUCUGUAACGUCUGGAUCUCUUUUAUAUGA